AUGGCAGCGAGGCCCCCGCAGGCGCCCGGAGCAGCGCGCAAGCUGAGCGGGGGCAGCAAUUGGCGGCAGGACCGGGCUGGGGCCGGUCCCGAGGCCUUGCCGGGCACAAUCCGGCCCGUGGGCUCUUCAGAAGCUGAGGAGGCGGUCGCGUCGCGCCUCUUCCUCCGGGAUGAUGAAUGUCCCGCUGCUGCGCGGCUUUUGCGCUUGGGCGCGGGGCCGUGGCUGAGCGGCCCCAGGCCUUUCUCCUCAGGGGGCUCCGCUGGAGGCGGCCGGCGGUGGCUGGAGCGCGACGGCGGCGGCGGUGGCGGCGGCGUUGCGUUGGCGGGUGGGCCUGGCGCCGUCGGGCGGAGAUGGAGGAGCUGCAGGAGGAGGAGGAGGAGUGGGGCCCGUUGCGAGCGGUUCUGGCGCCGCCCGGUGAGCGGCCUGGGCGCGCUGCGGGGCCCGCGGGGGAGGAUGGGGGCCCGCAUGGAGCUGCUCAUCAUGGAACCGACCCAGAGCCAGGUGUGCAGGGCCCUGCCGAGCUCGACCGAGGCCCCCUUCACCGUCGACCGCUGGGAGAGGAAGGAAGGUGGAGGAGGCAUCAGCUGCGUGCUUCAAGAUGGUGAGAUCUUUGAGAAGGCUGGAGUCAACGUGUCUGUUGUUUUUGGGCACCUCUCUGAAGAAGCAGCUCAGCAGAUGAGAAGCAGGGGGAAAUCUUUAAAAGCAAAAAAUGGAAAAUUGCCCUUUUGUGCUAUGGGAGUAAGUUCUGUUAUUCAUCCAAAAAACCCUUAUGUUCCCACAAUACACUUCAACUACAGAUACUUUGAAAUUGAGGAAGCAGAUGGUACAAAACAGUGGUGGUUUGGUGGGGGAACAGACCUAACUCCAACUUACUUGAACAAAGAGGAUGCUGUUCAUUUUCACAAAACAUUGAAAGAGGCCUGUGAUAAGCAUAAUCCAGAGCUGUAUCCCAAGUUUAAGAAAUGGUGUGACGAUUAUUUUUAUAUCAAGCACCGUGGAGAACGGCGAGGAAUCGGAGGCAUAUUUUUUGAUGAUCUGGACUCUCCUUCAAAGGAAGAAGUCUUCCAGUUUGUGCAGACCUGUGCCAAAGCCAUUGUGCCUUGCUACAUUCCCAUUGUGAAGAAACAUUGCCAUGACAAAUUCACACCAGAGGAGAAGGUGUGGCAGCAGAUUCGUAGAGGGAGGUAUGUGGAAUUCAACCUUGUUUAUGACAGAGGUACAAAGUUUGGUCUUGCAACACCGGGAUCAAGGAUUGAAAGUAUUCUUAUGUCUUUACCACUCACUGCCAGGUGGGAAUAUAUGCAUUCACCUCCAGAGAAUUCCAGGGAAGCAGAAAUCCUAGAAGUUUUGCGCCAUCCAAAAGAUUGGGUUCAAUGACGAGUGGUGUUGGCUGUGUACAGUCAGCCAUGAGGGAAGAACAUAAAUUCCUGCCUACUUACACAUUAGAACUGUCAUUCUGUGGCAGUUUCUGUCUAUUCUCUUAUCAUGUGCCUUAGAAAUAGUGUUAGAAUUUUAUUAUUUGUAAGUAUACUUUUAAAUGCCACCAUGCUGUUUCUGGACGGCUGGUUUUCUGACCAUUUGUACUGGUAUACUACUCUCUUAAGAGUAUAGGGCUUGGUAAAUGUGACAGCAGAGUGUGUCAGACAAAGAAAAGUAAACAAAAUGGAAUAAAUCGUUAAGGGUUAAGCUCCAAGUCCCUCUUUCACAACCAGACAGUUACUCUAUGGGUGUGAUCUUGCGUGGCCUCCUAACUGACACAUUUAUAUACACAAGUAGUUCUCAAACUUGGGUCCUCUAGAUGUUUUGGAUGCCAUUUCUCAGAAGUUUCUCAAUCAGCGAGCCCAAUGGGCAGAUGUUCUGAGAGCUGAUGUCCCAAACAUCUGAAGGACUGAUAUUUGUGAACUGCUGGUUCACACAUGUUAAAACCCAUUUUAGCAGUUAAGAGUUGCUUGGUGCUGCUAAGACUCUUAAAUCCAGUUUCAGACCCUAUGAGACAUAUAUUAAAUUGAGUAGCAGAUGUUUUUAAAUACAUCCUUUUUUCAAUUAGACCUCCUCAAACCCUAUGUCAGUGUAUCCACUGACCAUGCUGGUUUAAGGAUUCUGGGAGCUACAGUCCAGAAAAAUGAAUUUUCACAGCUUUGUUGAGUUACCCAUUGUUUUAUCUGUGGUAACUUAUUGGAUGUCUCAUAUCACAAGGAACUUUCUGAAACAGAAAGUAAAAGUAAAAAAUAAAGUAAAAGAAAUUACUUGGGGUGAAGGAGUUUUCUGUCACUGGCUUAAACAGUCUUGGUGAAGCACGGUAGAACAUCUUAUUUUUGGAAAAUGUGGUCUGUAACCAUCCAUGAGUUGUCCUGGUAUGUAAUAUUUUAUUUUUAGAAAUGCCUUUUCUGGGAAAAGCCAAUUUAUUCCAGGAUCUAGUACAAAUCUUAUUUUUUAAACAACGGAAUUAGGUUCACUAGAAAUAGGUUAGGUAAAAAUAUAGGACCUUGAAAUUCAGUUUGUCACAUUUAAAAUCUGCUGUGAAGCGGGAAUGCAAUUGAAUAUUCAAAUAAAAUAUUACCAAGUUUGUGUUGCACUAUCAGGUUGGCAGUUAGUUUUCAGACUGUGUUUUAUGUUUCCAAAACAUAAAUAGGAAGAGAUGAAAAGUUCAGAUUCCUGUAAGACAGGUGGGAAUUAUGUCACCUUCCAUGCGACUUGUUGGACUGCAAGUCGUCCUAGAAGAUCCAGAUUACUUGAAGGUUAAUAAUAAUACACCCUUGCUGUAAGAUGAGUUCAUAGUCAUCAGAGCUACUACAGUUAUUGUUAUCAUUAUAUAUGCAUAGAUUUAAUAGCAUGUGGUAUUUGUCUACACAUGCACAGAGAAAUGUUUCUCCCACUGAACCAUGUGCUGGAUAGUUAGUGUGAAAAUUUUCAGCCCUUGCACUUAAUUUAGCUCAAAGAUUCCAAAGUCGUUUUAUCCUUUAGCCUUUGGGGACCUGAAAAUGGUAUGGAAGAGGCAUACAUUUUUUUCAGAAACAGGUUUCUGCAGGACCAGAAGCUUGGUGAAUAGCAAUGGGACAACUCAAAUCGACUUUACAGGUUAAGCACUUGUAAGUAAAUUUACUGUGUAAAUAAAGCAAGAAGGGCUUAACUGCUUAGUAUCUGUACAUUUCACUCUUUAAGAGUCCUUUCUCCUCUUAACAAAAUCCAUCACUGACGUGUUCCAAACAAAAAGGCAUUCCUAGUGUCAUCUUGAAAAGUAUACUGCUUUUCAGCCCAAUGGCUUCUUAAAAGAAGUUCUUAAAGAGUUAAACUACAAAUUGAUCAUGUCAAUGCACUGAACAGAAUCUGUGUAGUAAAAGAGUAAAUUAUAUGUCUGACACGACUAAGUUAGCAGAAGGAGAUGCUGUGAUCUUUCUCAGAUUUACUGUCUAUCUUAAUCAGAUUUGUCAAUCAAACCUUACAUUGUAAAUGGUUUGUCUGAAACCUUUAGAUUCUCCAUGGGGAAAUACCUUCCCAUGCUGGAUGGAGGGCAUCAGGCUCAGGGAGGCUGCCCUCUCAUUUAUUUCAACACUUCUUAAGUUAUAGUGAUCAUACUUACUUUUGAUGACCAAGCCUGGGUUUUAAAAUUAUUUUUUAGAUAAUUAGAUCAAAUAAUACUGAUUGGCACAUAUAUGAAACUUAAAAGUAUUAAUGCCAUGCCUUUAUUUGAACAAGAGUUAGAAAUAUUCUCACAGCUACAAAAUGCUUCAUUAAUGAAGAGGGUUGUAUCCAGAGAGAGGGAAGCGGUACUGUGCAACAGGGCAUUCCUGGUUGCUCUUUUCCUCCCUCCCUGCCCCAGGCCAAUUCUGAGAGAUGAGAGAACUUCUAGAGUGGUAUUGGGGUUUGGAUGUGUCUGCAAAAGGAUGAGGAAAUAGGAAUUGGUUGGUCUGCCUUGCACAAGUGUAAUUGCCUCUCUGUUCAUGCAAUACAUCUCUGGAUUCAUCUGCCUGAAUAACUUCGGUCAUCUACCUGAACAUACCUUCUGAGUUGGGCAAACAGAAAUGCAAUGGAAUUUGAAGACAGGAACCAUGAACAUGAAGGCCUGACCCACAUGCAAAGGACACUACAAGAAAUUUAACACUUUCACUUAAGGCUUCAGGGUUAUGUUUCUUGAACAGUGGUUUGUGAUUCUUAUUGUAAAGUCAUCUCAGUUCUAGAAGAAACAGCCUCUGAUAAGGCAUUGAGUUUUUACUUUCCAUGGAUUUUUUCCUGCAUCUCACUCGGCAUGCUCCAAUGGGCACAUCAAAAAAGAUGUACGCUUCCAGUACAUAGACUUUGUCCCAAAAGGAACAACAAAUGUUUUUAGAUAAUAAUUUGUAAAAUGUGAAGGGUGUCUAUACAUUUUAAUGGUCAGUACACUGAGUUUUUCAGUAGUAUGUCAUACACUGGAAGGGCUGGAUUCUAUGAACACCUACCCAAAAAUAAGCCAUGUUAAAACUAAAAUUAGAGAGUUGUGAGUAAACAUGUAUAGAAUCUUUUGUUUCAGAUUGUAUGGACUUAAGAAAAUGGGUAUUUGGCAUGGAUUGAUUCAAUUUAUUUCCCAUGUUGUUCUUUCAUGUGUGUUUGUCUUCAAACUCUUCAGUUUUUACUUAAUGCAGAUGAUGUGAGGCUAGGAAAAAAGCAAGAGGGGUUAGAAUCUAUGUUGUACAAUGGCAUUCUGUCUUCUACAACAUUUGAAAGUAGCUUUUCCAGCAUCAUGUUCCAAGAGUGUUGCAUAUUAAGUUAAAUGCAAAAAUGAAACGAUGUAUCUAGUGCUACUGUCACUAAUGUAACUUUUGAAUUUUGGAUUUCUACAAUAUUGGCAGGAGCAUCAAUCAGUGGAAUCAAGAUUGUUUUACAACAUUGUUAAUCAUUUUGAAAGAAGCCACUAUAUAAUUUUUCAUUCCCAAACCACCCCUGCCACCCAUUUCCAGUUUUCUGUUUUUAAGGCAGUGUGGCUAAGAAUGAUGGAUUUUGUCCUUGAAAUGUUCAGCUUUUUUUUGAGCCUGUACCCCAAAAUCUGUAAAACUGAAGAUUUAUUCUCUACUAUCACAAAAAAGUUGUUGCUAUCAAAUUUAUUUUUGCCGGAGGACUUAAUAUUUCCUCUCUACUGUGAACCAAAACUCUGAAUAAAAGCAGUUGGAGCUA